CCCCUUGAUCACUCGAUAAUUUUUUAAUUCGAAUUCAUGGCACUUAGGUUUAAUUAACUUAAGAGCUCAACUAAAAAUUCAAAGGUUGUCAACAUAAUAAUCUCUUACACAAUUUUUAGACUACAUAAAGAUUGGAUGAAGUGCUAACACCUUUUAGUGACUUAGUGUUAGCACCAUUCUAAUAUAGUCAUUAAAGAUAUUAUAAGAAUUACCGACUUAUAGGAGCAACUCAUUUCCCCAUUCGUCCCUUGGAUUUGGAUUUCAUAUGCAAUUACAAUUUGCAUAUAGAUUUAAAUAGAAUACAUAUUAUUAAUUUUUUUGCAUAUAGAUCCUAAAAUAUUGAUGAAGAAGACAUUUUUGUAUUUCAAAUUUGUAUGUCUUACUUUUGAUACCUAAAUAUUUUUAAAAAUUACAAAUAGGUCCACGUUUAUGAGGGUUCUGAUAUGUUUUAAGAAACUUGUUGUAUGUUUUAUGAGAUUUCUGGUCAAUGUGAGAAGCAUUGGCAAGUAGUGUUCAAAUAUACGAGGGUCAAAUACUGUGUUUGAACAUUACUUUUUAAUGUGAGAUCUUCAAUGAUUUGGGUUUUCUCGAGUAUUUGGAUAUUACUUGCCAAUGUGCGAAGCAUUGGCAAGUAGUGUCCAAAUACAUGAGGGUCCAAUGCUAUGAUAUUUUCUCCAAUAUCAAACUAAAACAACAAUGAGUCCAUGAGUUUUGAGAAUUAGAGAUAGAUCCCCAAUCUCUAUGUGUCCUUUUCUAUUUCGCGCUCAACUAUUGCUCCUCCCUGUUUCGGCAGGGGCAUUCUUCUAACAAGUCACCUUGUUGAAUUGCUGCAGGAGAAAGGAAAGGGCAAACUUGUCUUUCUUUACUAAAAGGAGUGUUGAUUUUUUAUUUGCAAAAGUUGAAUCACAUUAUACGUAUUUGUCAAAUGCAUAUAUUCAAACAAUACAAAUUAUGCUUUGUGCGAGACUUGGAUAGAAGCUUAUGAAGAUCCAAUUGUCGGUCAUCAUCAAGCCUCGGUGGCAUUUUGGCAAAAAGUGGGAAAGUUAUAUCGUUCGAAAGGCUUUGUUGUGCUCCGUACUGAUGAUGCCUUGAAAGCUAGAUGGAAGACCAUCAACUAUGUAUGUGGGAAGUGGAAUGCGUCAUGGACGAAUGCAAGUGUUAACCCAUUAAGCGGAUCCAACCAAGUUGGCGUGGUUAGUUAAUCUUGUGUCUCAUUUUUUAAUUAUGCAUAUGUUCUUUUUUACUUUAGUUACGAAUUUAAUUAUUAUUAGUUAAAUUUUUUAAUUUUCAAAUUUUUAAUAGUAUAUUAUUGUUAUUUAACAUUUUAUAUUAUUUUCUUUAUUAAUUUCCUAGAUGGAACAUGCAAAGUCUAUUUAUUAUGCGCACACCAAGAGCGAAUGAAAGUUUCAAGAUGUUAGAAUCUACUCAAAGAUUCUCCCAGAUUCAUGCACCAAUUUUAUGCCCCGUUGCACCCAUUCCUCCAAUGGAUGGAUCUUUCUCGACCAUGUCAAACGAUGAAGAUGAUAGUUUUGGAGUUCAAGCAACUGCUUCCCCAAACGUGCUCAACCAUCCGGCAGGUCGAGAUCAGUCAAAGAGGAAGAGAAGAGGAGGUGGUGAUUCUUCUACCAUGGAGGCUUUCCAAAAGAGCUUAGCAGAAAUGGCGGCAAGUUCAGCAACACAUGGGAGAUUGGCUAUCAGUAGGGAGGAAAGGGAGAAGGCUAAGGAAGCUAGGGAAAAUGCCAAAUACGAACGAGAGAUCAUGCUUCAGGAUCUUUCUCAAUUGGAUCCUCAACAAAGAGCAUGGUAUCAAGCUCAAAGAGAUCAGAUUAUGUCUGCAUAUCAGCCAACUCCAAGCCAUACACCAGAGGAGUCUACCAAUAGCCCAUAUGAUGACACUUACACCCCGACCAGUAAUCUUGAAUAAGUUGCAUUUGCUUUAAGUGUGUUUGCAGGAUGUAUGUUUUAUUUUAAGUGUGUGUUAUUAAAGUGUGUUUGCUUUAUUUACUUUGAAUUCACCCUUGAUGUAUCAUUUUUAUUAUUGGAAUGCAGUUCAACUAUUAAUGCAACUAUUUUCUUUAAUGAUGACCAAGAAAAGGGAAAAUGCAUUGAUGAAAUAAGAAAAAGUACAACAAUACAAACACAUAGCAUAAAUUAGCACACGAUACAUAAAACAAGUUAAGCACAUAAUACAUAAAACAAACUUAACUUAGCACACAAUAUAUAAAACAAACUUAGUACACAUCAUUGUUCUACUAUUUUCCGCCUGCUUUUGUCCACAGAUGCUCAACCAAGUCAUCUCUCAACGCGUGAUGGCCUUCGCGAUUGCAAAUCCUAUUGUGCAUCAUCAUGUACUCCAUGAGGGUCGGAGUGUCAUGAUCUGGUGGAUCUAAUGAGACAUCUGGAUUAGUCUCAUACUCAAUUCGCUCCGCUUCUUCCUCUCCAAACUAAUGUCGUUGAUCCUCAAUUAUCAUAUUAUGUAGAAUAACACAUGUUAACAUAA